AUGGCCGCGCGCGCCCCCGCGCCAGUCCCGAAGCCGACCGCGCCGUUGACGACGCCGCCGUCGCCCCCGGCCGUUGGCGCGGGCGGCGCCCCUCCACCCGGGCAUUUGGUCGAGGGCCCGCCGGGAGCAGUGGUGGCCCCGGGCGCGCGCGCCCCCAUGUGCCCGCCGCCGGGGGCCCCCGUGGGCAGCGCGGUGCGCUGGGCGGGGGCGCCGCAAACGCCGCCCGCGGCGCCCCUGGCGCCGGCCGCGCCCGCCGCGACGCCGGGCGGCGCCGCGCAGCACGGGGCGGCGGCCGCCGACGCGGCAGACCGCACCGGGGCACCGCCGCCCGCCAUGCAGCCGCCCCCCGGUCACCGCGCGGCGGGCGGCUCGCAGCCGCCGUUGGCGUUGCGCCCGCCCCCAGGCUGGGCAGGGCCGGCGGCCGCCCCCGAGGAGGAUUUGUGCGGAGGUGCUGUGGUCGCGCGGGAGGCGGCACCUGCCGCCGCCGCCGCCCGGGGCGGGGCGGGCGCGCCAGCGGCGGCCCCCGCCGUGACGGGUGACGCGGAGCCUGACGACGACGGCGUGGAAGAGCUCGUCGCGGCCGUCCGCGCUGACAUCGAGCUGAUCGAGAUCGCGGGCUACACGCUGCAGCAGGCCCUGGACAGGUUCCUGACCACGCUGACUGGGGCGCCCCUGGCCCCCCCCGAGGCCGGCCCCCCCCCGGCUGGUGCGCCCGGGGGCGCGCCCGCGGCGGCUCCGGCGGAGGCGGCGGAGGAUGCGCGCGCCAUGGCCCGCGACCUGGUCACGCGGCUGUCCAGCGCGGCGGCGGGCGUCAAACCGGCCAUCCCGGGCUCGUCGGUGAGCUUCGAUGUCCAGUUCAAGCUCGCCGUCCCGGACGCGAGAACGGUGGCGGAGAGGCUGCGGGACUUCCACGGGCCCGCCGGGCCGCCCAUCCCGGUGCAGAUCCUCGAGGAGGAGGCGGGCCGCCCCUGGCGCCGCCAGGCGGCGUCCGCCUGGAGCGCGGAGAAGGGCGGGGACAGCCGCCUCCUGGUUUUGCGCCUCCGCAUCCCGUCCCGGUCUUCGCUGAAGAAGAACACGGGGGCCUCCGUGCAGCGGUCGCCGACCACGAACCAGGUCGUCGUGAAGGCCGUCAAGCUCAACAUCACCGAGUACGCCGCGCGCUGGGUGGCAGCGUUCGGGCCCGUGAGCCAGGUGAGCCCGUCGCCGGGCUCGUUCAUCCCAACGGCGGCGGCGCCGCCGCCAGGCCAGCCGUCCGUGGCGGCCUGGCUGCAGCGGGGGGCAGCGGCGGCGAGGCGCCUGGGGGCGGACGCCGUAGGCCCGGUGGGCGCGGAGGUGGCGUGGUGCAGGGUGCGCAUCGCCGCCGUCGGCCUGCGCGGGGCGUGCAAGGCGCCGGGGGAGCCGGAGCUUGGGCCAGGCUCAUGGCGGCGCGGCGUGCCCGCUGGCCCGGCGGCGCGUCGCGCGGCGGGCGCUCUCUGCUGCCGGGGGCCGCAGGGGUGGUGA